AGAUCAAGAUAUACAUGUUGACAACUACUUAACUUAUAUUUAUUGUGAUAUCACGAUCCAGGAACCUUUUAAUUUUAAACUAUUUGUAAAGAGGAAGUAAGAUAAAUUGGAAGACGAUAUUUACAAGUUACAAGGUUAUUAUGAUGUUGCUGAUCAAGUAGAAUGUUAUGGAUAACGUCAUUAAACAGGGUUACUUAAAGAAAUCCAGACCAACAGCUCCUGGAAGUAAUCCAGCCAACAGCUUUCUACAGCUGUUUGAACCAACAAGAUGGUUUGUGUUUGGUCUUCGAAUUCGUCGUCCAUAUUUAGAGUAUUAUGAGAAAGAGCAGCAUGUUUUCACAGCUCAGCCAAUCAACAACUUUGAUCUUUACGAAUGCACUAAAGUUACUUAUACUCUGGGUCGUAACAAUAGAAACUGGACAUUCUGUUUAUUUCUACAAGACAGGGUUCUAGAAUUAACAGCAGAUUCAAGGGAGGUGAUGUUAAGUUGGUGUAGGACUUUGGAACAUACACUUCAAAAUUAUGGAGCUUUAAAACACGUGCCAUCAGAACACAUAUACAGUGAUUAUCCAGUAAGAUACAAACCAAAGAAGUCAGCCAGUCCUCCACCAAUAGAAGACAGAGAUUCAGCCACUCCCACCCCUCCUCCCUCUGAACCAGCCCCACCUGUUCCUCGAGAGAAUGGACUGGUGCCCUUACAACCCAGAGCAGGAGCAGAAUAUUGUAAUUCAGACUGGGUAGUUGCUGAGAAACCAGAGUCUGAACACAGUGAACCAGACACGUCAGAAGACGAUUUCGUCAAUGAAGAGUUCUUUAAACAGAAAAAGUUAGAAGCAUUUAGUAGUAAUACAUUAAAACCAAUAUCAAAAACUGAAAAUCCUUUCGUAUUACACUCCAGAUCAGUUGCCUCACUGCCCCUGAGGUCUUUUAGUUUGCCAGCAGAAUAUGCAAAUGGUACACCUCAGUUACCAGCUAGACCACACAGGAAUAAACCAGUCACCACUGGUACUUCAGAACCUCAGUACAGUCAAGUUAACAAAUUAAAACCCAAACCAGAACCAGAUUCUGAAGAUGUUUAUGAAUCAGCAUUUGACUUUGAUGAUCAGGGUACACAAUGUAAUCAUUCAAAUAGAAAUACAUUAACUGACCUGUCAAGUUAUACAACUGAUGAAUUAGACGAGGGUUUAUAUGAGGCAGCUUUUGAUGUUCGUGACACACAACCUCUGUUUGAGAAAACAAGUUCUGAUCCAAUAGUUGAACUUCCCAAGCGAAUUUCUAAAUUAAAAGACAUCGAUGAACUUUCUUCUGAGAAAAGAAAAAGUCAGAUAGCUGUUGAAGAAAAUAUCUAUUCAGGUUUUAAUUGUGGUGAAGAUAAAAAUAAUGAUGGAAAAUUUGUUGACAAAAAGGCUGAUCUUGCAAAUAACAAUAUUAAAAAUGAAAACAUUUACAGCAAUACUAAUUCUACGGACAUUCCUGUGUCUAAGGGACAUUCAAAAGAUAAUACAAAUCAAAAUCAAAAUAAAGAUCAUAUUUAUUCCAAUACUAAUGCAUGCAUUAAUACUGAAGCUACAUCAAUAGAAACAACGAUUAACGAUGAAGAGUCUCAAGGAACUGCUAGUCCCCUCAAACCUCCUAGAAGGAACUCAAGAAAUGCAUCGAAAAAGAAAGUAGAUCCAGGCUAUGCAAAUUUUGAUAAAGCAGGAAGUAAUAAUUCCAAAAAGGUGUCAGAAAAACAUGAAAAGACUACAGAAACUGUUCCUUUACCUGUUAGAACUCAGCCUGUGAAGGAAAAUAUUUAUGACUUUGGAAAAUGUUUACCUCCUCCGGUGAACAAAAGUGAAAUAGCAAAGGCUGAUUUAUAUAGUAAUUUGAAUUCCAUUCAAGAACAAUCCCGUGGCAGUGCUGAUUUUAAGCAAAGCUCAAAAUAUACAAUUCCCCCACCUUUGAAUUUAAAUUUUGAUCAUGCAAGAUCUGAUUCCUCCUCCCCUGAAACUCCUCGGAGAUUAAUUGAGUCACUUAAAAUGCCAUCAAAAUUUGAACCUGUUUCCACCAAAAAUGAUCUUGAUGACUUGCCACCAUCACCAACCUCACCAACAACACCUGUUAAUGAUCCUGGUAUAGAAUUUCCUACUGUUCAUAAAUCCAUAAUAAAUGUGACUGAUAUAUCUCAUAAGAAGCAGUCAACCCCAUCACCAAAACCUCGUCACUCCAGAACUACAUCACACUCACCAAAAAUUAGACAUUCUGAAGACAAAGGCAAGGAGGCACAAAAUGUACUGUUACCUAAGUCAAGACUCGCUUCUGGAAAACAGGAACGCCCACGAUCUUUGAUAAUGCCACAGCAGUAUGACUACAUGUCGUCUGUUCAUCAACCUGUGCGCAAAAAUACUGGAGAAGCAUUAUAUUCACCUGUGUUAAAUAAGAAAUGGUUUGGUUCUCAACCAAUGCCUGGAAUAACCUCUCAACCAAAAGCUGUUGUUGCUUCACAACCAAUCUUAAAUCUUGGUUCCAGUAUUGGAUCUCAACCAGUAUCAAAGAAUGGAUUUCAACCAAUUUCUACAGAAACAGACGAAAUUUAUCAAGUGCCAAAAAGAGCCAGAUCUGUAAAGGUAAAGCAUGAACCCCAACCAACUUUCAUUAGUCGUGAUAUUGAGAGUAAUGCUCUUGGUUCCUCACCAAGCCAUGAUGGCUUCCAGUUUAAUGUUCCUAAGCGACAGACGUCUGCUGAGGAUAAUGAUGAUGAGGACAAUGAUUCACAUGAUUAUGAAGAUGCCACUAUGCGUCAUGGUGAGCCACCUCUGCCACCAAGACGAACCAAUUCAACUGCUAUGAAUAACCGUAGUCAGAGUGUGUAUGUGCCCUGUAAUAUUAACCCAGAAGCAUCAAACAAAGUGAUUGUAAGACAGACAUCAUUACGUGAGAGACAGAGGAUUACAUCAUCGCCAGGAUUGGUGACUGUUCUCCCGUUAAAACAGAGUGAAAUAGACAUUUUACAGGAAGAACAACAUUCACAUGGGAUCAUUGUUAAAAUAUCACCUGCAGCUUGUCAAAAGAUAGCUUUGGUGGAUAGCUUUAAUGGAGUAUGGAUUAUAGGAUGGGAUUUUAAACAUUAUCCAAGGUUAUCUGAGAGUAUUCACAUUGGUGACGAAGUUACUAAAAUUAACGACCUCAGGGUAACUAACGCUAACAUGGCUAAGAAAGUGUUGAAAUCGUGCAAUACAGAACAGAUAGAUCUGGUUAUAAAACGUCUUCCUUACGCUAAAGUGAUGGCCAUACGAAGACAUCAGACUGGUGAAAAUCUAGGAUUACAACGUUUAGGAGGAACUGCUGAGAUAACCUAUGUGGACCCCUCAGGACUAACUGCUCAACAUGGUUUGACAAAACAUGCUUCAUGUGUGGAGAGUGAGGGAACCUGUAACUGGUGGAUUACAGAAAUAAAUAAUAGACCACUCAAUCUGUCCUUCAAAGGAAAUGAGAUUGAGGCAAAGCUAAACGCAGUUGGCAAAGACAUUUCCAUUGUUGUUCAUCCAUCUGAUUUUAUAAAGGAACUUAAAAGACAGCUGAAAAAGAUGAGAAACUUUAAAGACUUCAUGGCUGUGGCAUAAACAGAGAACAUGUCUGUAAUUCACAGUAAAUGGAGAAAUGUAACUAUACAUGACAAAUACUGUCUGUGAUCACUUUUAUAUAGUCCCAUGUAAUACUGUCUUUUUAUUUUCAAAAUGGCUGAUUCUGCAACCUGCUACAUUUCAUUUUGUCAUCAUUUCAUUUUAUCAUGUGAUACAUGAUGUUUCUCUGUUGAAAGAUGAAUCAACAGUUUAUGCAAGACCAAUUUAUUGAAAUGUUUUUCUUUUAAAGACCAUACAUUUUACAAUUUUUUUUGACAUAGUAGAUUUUGACACAUGUUUGACUACGACUUUCAGGGUAAAACCUAUUUAUACUUCACUAUCUCUUUAGAUAUCUGUGUUCUGUACAUGUAUUUAUCCACAAUUAAUUGUAUUGGUUUUAAAUUUUUGAAGGUCAAAAGAUCAUGUCAGCAUAAUCAAAAGUCAGAUAGUCCAAGUAGACUCAAAUAUAAUGUUCAGUACAGGUUAUAAAUAAACUGUUUGAGUUACAUUUUAACAUAAUUAGUACAGGAGUUUUAGAAGCUCAAUAACAAGACAGUUUUUAAAUUAUGUUUGAAAUGUUUGGGUUUUCAUGUUAUUUUAUUUGAUGACCAUUUUGAAGCAAAUUUCUAGGAUUUUUUUUAACUCCAUAUGAACAGUAAAUUCAAUUAAAGAAAGAAUGCAUGAUAGUUUAUGAUAGAAUGAUGACUUGGCAUGCCUGCCAACUUUUCAAAAUGUCCAUUGGGGUUUUACGUGCAAGAUGGAUCUUUUAGUCCAACAAAACCUUCAAAGGGGUCUUCAAAUACAUUUUAAUGUUGUUUUUUGGCUUCUUCCUACAUUUACAAGCCUAUAGCCAUUGUAAAGUUAAUUGUUUUGUUUAAACUUAUGGACAAAUUUGCUCUUUCAAAAUUUCCAUUUGGGAGCUUUCAUGGGGGAAAUCCUCCACUGGAACUUUAAGAACUUUGUAACUGUGAUCUAUCUGUCAAUCUUACAGGGUUAUUUUUGUUUUAUUCCUCAAUUUCUAUGUAGUGUAAUAUUAAAGUAUAUUAAAACUUUUAUAUUAUUAUUUAUUAAUAGAUAUUUGUAGAAGCGCUAGCUCUUUCAGUAUUAUAAUACGAUUAUAGUUAAAGUGCUAUGUUAGCCUUAUACACUGUUUGCCAUUUAUACUAGCCCUAUAUACUGGUUUGCCAUAAAGAUAUGUUAUUUUUAUAUAUUUUUAAUGUUAAACAAUUUUGACAUUUGUAUAGUGUAUUGUUUCAUAUUACAUUCAUUAAUGAUUUCAUCAACUUAUAUGAAGAAUUUGUAUUGCUUAUAAAUGUUAUUUUUGUAAUUUGAAACCACAUUUUAUUGUUAGUUGUUGUUAAAUGAGAAUUUAAAAAAAGAUAUUUCAUCAAAUUCAUUUAAACCACUUAAGUAAUGCAAUUUGUUCAAAACUUAAACAUUUUUAUUUGAAUGAACAAGGUACACAAUUUGACCGUUUGACUUUGACAUUUAAAAAGUUAUAUAUAGAAUUAAAAAAAUAGAUCCUUUUGUGGAAAGGUAAUAAUGUAAAACCACAGUUAGACAGACCAUUUCAUAAAGAGCUAUAGUUUUCACACUCACAGCCAAUGUAUUAUAAGACAAGACAUUUCAAUGGUAACUUUUUUUUUUUGUAAUCACAACUUCUUUAACUCUUGUUUGAAAAGUUUGUAAAAAAUGACAGAGUAUGAACUGUCUAUGGCAGCUGUAGCCAAACAUAUGAUAUAACCAGGGAAAAGAUACAUCAAAGUUUCAACUGUAUGAUUUUUUGUUUGCUUAUUUGAUGGAAAUAUGUUGUUUUUGUAUGUAGAAAAUCUGUUGUAAAAUUUUCUACUUAGUGCUAACAUUUUGCUGCUUUAUUGCUUAGCAAUUCUUCUGCAAUUUAUUUAAAUCUAGUAUCAGUAGAGCACUCUACAUGCUGCAUUCCAUGAUGACUGAUGGGAGCUAUUCCAAUCAUAUAGUUAAUUAGGGACCAUAAUUUAAUGUUUAGUAAAUAGAAGUGUAAUAUAUCAGCAUGACCUUGCUUUCAGGGAAUAAGCCUGGUUGAGGGGAAGUAACUCUGUAAUAAGCAAUGCACCUUAUCGCUAAUCCCUGCUUGAACUUUUGACACAUACUACAAUCACUUUUCCGUUGUGGCAUCAGAUAUUUUGUAUUGUGAAGUCAAAAUUUUACGGGAAGCUGUGUGAUAUCCAGUAAUGGCGAACAAAUAGCAAUAAGGUGUAUGUGUUUGUUAUAGUCAGUUUCAUUAUGGUUUUAUAAGCAUUGGCAUAACACAGAAUUAUGAUAAUCUUUUUUCUAUAGAAGCUUGGAAAUGAAUAAUUGCAUAGUUUGACACAAGCAUACUUUUGAUUUCUCAAGAGUUAUGUCCCUUAAACCAAAUUUAUUUCCACCAAUCUAGAACUACAUUGGAGUUAUAGUACCGGUAUAUAUAUAUAUAGUUGCAAAUUAAAGGUGCUUUUAUGUAGUCUGUUCAUAAGAAAUAGAUUUUUUUGUUUUUUUUAUUUGUAUCAUAGUAAAAUGCAAUUGGAUGAUAUUUAUAGCCAUGCAGGCAUGGUAAUUAAUUUUAUAAUGUCUCAAAACUACAGCAUGCAUAAAUUCACACAUGUGUUAAUGUUGUAAAUAUGUUUGUUAUAUUUUACAAGAUUUCAGUUAUGCUUAUAGCAGAUUAUAGAAUCAUUUGUAAUUAAAUUGUGUAUUUUGAAGAAGCUCAGACAAGUUACUUCACUUUUGAGAAGAUUUUCAUUCACACAAGUUGAAUAUAUAAUUUUAGUUUUAAAAAUGUGCAAUAAACAUGUUUUUAGUUCUCACACCUCUCUGUAUGAAGUACAAGAGCAAACUAUGUAAUAAUUCCAUGCCAAUUCACUACAGUAAAUUAAUUUUAAUUGCUGCAGACCUGCCAAUUUUUCUGAUUUAUGGUGACCCCUUUUUCCUAAUUUAUGGGUAACUUUCCCCUUGGGAGGAUAUUGACCCGGCUUUUGAUUUUUUUCAUUAUGAUACUCUGAAUACCUUAAUACAGACAAACAUCCAUCUGAGUGGUAUAUAGAUACAAAUAUAUUCUUUCAAAACCAUGGAAAGUACAUAUUAGUUCAAAACCAUGGAAAAUAUAUUUUCUUUCAAAACCACAGAAAUUAUAAAUUCUUUCAAAACCACAGAAAUUAUACCUGUGAAUAAAAUAUGUUGGAGUAGUAACAGUAGACACCAUACCUAUUUACCAUGCAAAAUUAAAAAUUGAAUGCUUUAUAAACUGUGGAUUCAUUAAUAUUUGUUGGAUACAUAUUUUUCGUGUGUUUUGUGAGAGCAGGAACACAAUUAACUCAAAUCUUCAACGAAUUACAUAGUUUCAAUAGACUUUGUAUAUAGAGAUUAGCAAAACCAUGAAAUCAAAUAUCUAAGAAAAUGCAAGUUUUUCAGCAAUGCAUGAAAAUUGAUACCCACAAAAAUAAAUGAAUCUACAGUAUCUUUAUAUGAAUUUCAUAAUUUGACAGCUGCAGGUCAGGCUGAUGAUCCAUAACUGUUUUCAUUUUGUUGACAUUAUCAUUAUUUCAAUAUAAAAUAAUUUUGUAUAUGUUAUUGUAGAUAAUAAUAUUUUUUUGUUUUGUCAUUUGAAACCAAAAACAUAUGCACACUUAACAGAAGCAAGUGAAAACCAUUCAAAGCAAGGGAAAAUGCUUGAUUCCUUUCUUCUCUCUUUCAGAUAGAUUAUUUUAAAAAAUGUGGAUUAGAAAUCCAACUCUUUAAACUUUCAAUUUUAAUUUUUUUUUAAUUUUAGAGAAGUUUCACCAUAAUUUGUCAUGUUAAACCAAGGCAUCUUAACAUGAUGCUUUAUUGUAAAUCCAAGUCUGUAAAUACAGCAAUCAUUUAUUGACAAAUUGUCUUUUUAGCAAUAUUUUCAAAACCAAAUAUUUCAUUUUGUCUUAUUUUAAUAAUAUUAUAACAUGCUGAAAUCUUGUUAUCCAAAAUAAAGAUGCUGAUGAAAGAAAAUUAAGAUAAGGAUCUGUAAUCUGUGUUAAUUGCUGAAAAGGUCAACCAUUUUAAUGUGCCUGUCUAAUUAGGAGGCAUUUGGUUUGCAUGUGAUCAGGAUAAUCACUGCUUCAUUCUUUACAUUUUACAAUAAUAUUUUUUUUAAAUAAAUAUCAGGAGAAGAAAAAAUUGUCAUAAACAAAGUCCCUGGUAAACAAAUAUUUUGUACAAAAAGUUGAUAUAGAAAAAAUAUGCUGUGAGGAAAUUUUGGAUAUUUGGUUAUUUAAACAGAUUACUUUAUACUACAAAAUGAUAUGCAAUGUUAUAUGUACACAAAUUAAAUCAAUUUUAUGAUAGAUUUUUUUCUUUUUCUGUAGACAGAAAGGUUCUGUUGAUUUCAGUGUUUAGAGAAUAGAUUGCAAGAUGUUUCAGUACUUGCACACACACACCAUAAAAUAUAUAUAUUGCAAUACUUUUGUACAUGCUCACACAAACACACACCAGUAAAUAUUUUCAGUACUUGUGCAAACACAAACACACACCAGAGAACAUGUUUCUGUACUUGCACACACACCACAGACAAUUCUGUAUAUUGCUAUUAAUUUCAUAGAUGAGUUUUACAAGAAAUUUUUUUUCAGAUAUAUUUUUAUACCCUCAUUAUGUAUACCUUACUGUUUUGAAAGAAUGUUAGGACAUAUGUGUCAAAUAACUGUACCAGUAUUUCGGUUGGUACCUCUGAUAAUAUUUUGAAUCUCUCAUGUUUUUCCUGAUAGUAGAAACAAUUAUCAAAAUAACUUUUAUUGCAAUUUCUCUUUUUUGUAAAAUGGAUUUUUUUUGUCUGAAUAAUUUUUCUCAUACAAUAGAGUGUCCAGGCUAUUUGAUGACUUUACUAAUAGAUACAGUUUAUGAAUUAAAUAGAUUGAUAUAAAUCUUGUCAUGAAAUAUUUUUAAACAGACAUAAUUCCACUUUAAAUAAAAAUAUCAAUUUCAAAUUAAUCAAAUUGCAUAAAAAGUGAAAGAAUUAUGUAAGUAUCUUUUUAUGUCAAACACAACGGGACCAGUAUAAAAUAUUUAUCAGACCAAGGAAAUCAAAUUAGGAGGAAUAUUUCUAUAUACAUGUACAUGUUACUGUAUGAAAUAUCUGAAUUAUUUCCCUUUAUUUGUUUGAUUAACAAAAGAGCACUGUAAUUUUGAAGCAUAAAUAAAUGUGAUUUGUUAAAAAUUUCAUUUGAAUAGAGCUUUAGAAACUUAUUGUUAUUAUGUUUAAAUAUAUAUGUUUUUAUUUUGGAAAUAAAUGUUAUUUUUU